AUUAAUACUCGUAAAAAUAAUGAAAUUUAAUUAAUUUUGCGCGAUUCUUUCUGUUUUAAACAAUUGUUAUAAACAAGAAAAUGUCUGGGCCUAUGGUAUUGUGUCAGUUAUGGAUGGGUGGUUUAGAACCAUACAUGACAGAAAGUUUUAUAAUGAAUGCUUUUCAUAAAAUGGGAGAACAACCACAAACAGUUAAAGUAAUGAGGAACCGCUAUACUGGUGAACCAGCAGGUUAUUGUUUUGUACAUUUUCCAACUGAUGAAAUGGCACUUGAUGCUAUGCAUAAAUUAAAUGGAAAAGUGAUACCUGGUUCAAAUCCAGCUGUAAGAUUUCGAUUAAAUCAUGCUAGUACAACAGGAAAACCAACAGCAGAAAGAGAAUUUAGCAUUUGGGUUGGAGAUUUAUCAACAGAUGUUGAUGAUUAUUCUUUAUAUAGAGCAUUUGCUGCUAAAUAUAAUUCAAUCAGAACUGCAAAAGUAAUUUUAGACAGUUCUGGAUUUAGUAAAGGGUAUGGUUUUGUCAGAUUUGCUAAUGAGGACGAACAAAAAAAUAGUUUAAGUACCAUGAAUGGAUACAGAGGAUUAGGAACAAAAUCAUUAAAAAUUUGCAAUGCUGUCCCUAGACCUUGGAAUAAAUUAUCAGGAUCAACACCUCCGCAAUCAUCAUCUGAAUACACACCAUCAAAUAUGAAUUCAGAUGCUUAUAAUUAUUAUGAUACAUCAUCAUACUGGAAUAGUUAUAGUGCAUGGCAACAAGGUUAUUAUGACAGUGAACCUACAUCAGAUGGAUAUAACAGUUAUGUGUCUGAUCAAAAACCUGAAGAAGAUGAAUUAGAAUUAAUAGAGCAUUCGGUUCCUAUAGAUAUUGAUAAACUUAAUAGAGAAAUAAUAGAACAAGAUUAUAACUUAUGGGAUGCAUUGGAAAGUUCAAAAUGGAUUCCAUGUGAUACCUUAGAAUUAUGUUAUUAA